AUGGUGGUGGCUCAGCCUUUGGUAUUUGAGGUGGUUCAACCUCAGGUGUUUGAGGUGGUUCAGCUUCAGGUGUUUGAGGUGGCUCAACCUCAGGUGUUUGAGGUGGCUCGGCCUCAGGUGCUAGAGGUGGCUCGGCCUUGGGUGUGGGAGGUGGCUCGGCCUUUGGUGUGGGAGGUGGCUCGGCCUUUGGUGUCGGUGGUGGCUCGGCCUUGGGUGUGGGAGGUGGCUCGGCCUUUGGUGUGGGAGGUGGCUCGGCCUUUGGUGUCGGUGGUGGCUCGGCCUUUGGUGUGGGAGGUGGCUCGACCUUUGUUUUGGGAGGUGGCUCAGCCUUUGGUGUUGGUGGUGGCUCGGCCUUUGGUGUGGGAGGUGGCUCAACCUCUGGUGUUUGAGGUGGCUCGGCCUUUGGUGUUUGGGGUGGCUCGACCUCUGGUGUUUGGGGUGGCUCGGCCUCUGGUGUUUGGGGUGGCUCGGCCUCUGGUGUGGGAGGUGGCUCGGCCUUGGGUGUUGGUGGUGGCUCGGCCUUGGGUGUUGGUGGUGGCUCGGCCUUGGGUGAUGGUGGUGGCUCGGCCUUGGGUGAUGGUGGUGGCUCGACCUUGGGUGAGGGUGGUGGCUCGGCCUUGGGUGAGGGUGGUGGCUCGGCCUUGGGUGAUGGUGGUGGUGGCUCGGCCUUGGGUGCGGGUGGUGGCUCUGCCUUGGGUGCGGGUGGUGGCUCGGCCUUGGGUGCUGGUGGUGGCUCGGCCUUGGGUGCUGGUGGUGGCUCGACCUUGGGUGCUGGUGGUGGCUCAGCCUGGGUGUCGUUGGUGGCUCGGCCUUUGGUGUUUGGGGUGGCUCAACCUCUGGUGUUUGGGGUGGCUCGGCCUCCGAUGUUUGGGGUGGCUCGGCCUCCGAUGUUUGGGGUGGCUCAGCCUCAGGUGUUUCGGGUGGCUCAGCCUCAGGUGUUGGAGGUGGCUCAGCCUUUGGUGUUGGAGGUGGCUCGGCCUUUGGCGUUGGAGGUGGCUCGGCCUUUGGAGUGGGAGGUGGCUCUGCCUUGGGUGUUGGAGGUGGCUCGGCCUUGGGGUGUGGGUGGUGGCUCGGCCUUUGGCAUGCUCGGUGGCUCGGCCUUUGGUGUAG